AUGCUACCGUCAAGGAAGCGGGAGGAAGCCCCAGGCGCGGGAGGAGGAAUGCUGGAUCGCCUCAAGAAGCUGAAGGCGGCCGACGCUGGAACGGCAAGGACUUCAGGAGGCAGCAGCUCGUGUAGCAGGGGAGCGACUCUCCUUGGCUUCGAGAGAGCAAGUGGAAAGGAAGGAGUCCCAUCUACGACAGGGGAGCUUCUCAUCAUGAACAAGUCCCAGGCCGAGAGCUACGACGUGGUCACCGGCAUCUUCCCAGUGCUCUCCGUCCCCACCUUGGUGUUGUUCGACUCUGGAGCCUCUAAUUCUUUCAUAUCCUCGAAGUUGGUCCGUGAGCUGGGCAUUGUGCCUAGCGCAGCGACGAGGAUUGCAGUCAAGGUGGCGUCGGGCGAAGUUAAGGCAUGUGAGCACAUCUUCGAGGGCGUGCCUAUCAAGAUUAAGGAAGUGACCUUUCCCAGUGAUCUCAUUCAGUUCGAUCUGGAUGACUUCGGAGUGGUGUUGGGUAUGGACUGGCUGGGACAGUAUAAGGCUCAGAUUCUGUGCAGCGAGCAGAAGGUGGUUUUGAAGGGCCCUGGGGGCAAACGGGUAUCGUAUAGAGGGGUAACUAAGGAGCCCGAGGUCAAGCUGGUCUCGAUGAUCAAGAUCAAGAAAUAUGUCGCCAAGGGGCAUGAAGCUUUCUUAUGUGCAGUUGAGGACCUCAGUGCUCCGAAAGAUGAAGUGCAGCAAAUACCCGUAGUACGUGAGUUCCCCGAUGUCUUUCCCGAGGAGAUUCCUGGAUUACCGCCUCCCCGAGAGGUAGAGUUCACCAUUGAUUUGAUGCCGGGGACAGCCCCAAUAUCGAAAGCCCCAUACCGUAUGGCUCCGAAGGAAAUGCAGGAGUUGAAAGAGCAGCUGCAAGAUUUGUUAAACAAAGGGUAUAUUCGACCGAGUGUUUCGCCGUGGGGAGCUCCGGUGCUUUUUGUGAGGAAGAAAGAUGGUAGCAUGCGUCUCUGCAUCGAUUACCGAGAGCUGAACCGGGUGACAGUUAAGAACAAGUAUCCCCUGCCGAGAAUUGAUGACUUUUUUGAUCAGUUGAAGGGAGCCGGCAUCUUCUCGAAGGUUGAUUUGCGAUCCGGGUAUCAUCAGCUUAGAGUGGCGGAGGCGGAUGUUCCGAAGACGGCGUUCCGGACCCGUUAUGGCCACUAUGAGUUCACAGUAAUGCCGUUCGGGUUAACGAAUGCUCCAGCCGCUUUCAUGGAUUUGAUGAACCGGGUAUUUCAGCCGUAUCUAGAUGAGUUCGUGGUUGUGUUCAUCGACGACAUCCUGGUCUACUCUCCUGAUCCGGCCGAGCAUGAAAAACAUCUCCGAACCGUGUUACACAUUCUAAGGGAGAAACAGUUGUAUGCCAAACUAUCCAAGUCCAAAGAGGGAGUUUCGGUGGAUCCUACUAAGAUCCGAGCAGUGAUAGAGUGGCCGGCACCAACAACUCCGUCUGAAGUCCGAAGCUUUUUGGGUUUGGCAGGCUAUUACAGGAGGUUUGUUCCGGAUUUCUCUAAGAUAGCCCGACCGAUCACGCAGCUCAUGAAGAAGACUACACCCUUCAGAUGGGACAGUGAGUGUGCCGCAGCGUUUCAAGAGUUGAAAGAAAGGUUGACAUCGGCUCCUGUUUUGACUUUACCAUCCGGGACUGAGGGAAAUGAGGGAAAAGCAAAUGUAGUGGCCGACGCACUGAGCAGAAAAACGAGCCAUUCACUCAAUGCCACGUGGGUACUAGCAGACGAUCUGUGUAAGGAAUUUCAAAAGGCUUGCAUGCUUGAUUUGCAAGGGUCGUGGGAAGAGCAUCUCGAUUUGAUUGAAUUCUCCUACAACAACAGUUAUCACUCCAGUAUUCAGAUGGCCCCGUAUGAGGCGCUCUAUGGGCAAAAGUGCAGAAGUCCGUUGUGUUGGGAAGACUUGGUGGAUCCAGUAACCUUGGGACCCCAAUAUCUGCAAGAAGCCACCGAGAAAGUCAAGCUGAUUCAAAGUAGAAUGAAAGCCGCUCAAAACCGCCAGAAAUCCUAUGCUGAUCUGGGAAGGAAAUUCGUGGAAUUCCAGGCAGGCGAAAAGGUGUGGUUGAAGAUUUCCCCAACUCGUGGAGUAAUGAGAUUUGGGAAGAAAGGGAAGUUGAGCCCCCGCUUCAUCGGACCUUAUGAGAUCUUGGAGAGGAUUGGACAGGUGGCGUAUCGUUUAGCCUUGCCAGCAGAGUUAGAUCGAGUGCACAACGUGUUUCAUGUCUCCCAGUUGAAGAAGUACGUGCACGACGCCUCGCAUGUGUUAGCUCCCGACACGUUAGAGUUGGACGAGGCGCUGUCUUAUGAAGAGAAGCCCGUGAGGAUCUUGGACUCCAAGACGCGCGAGACCCGGCGCAAGGCAAUCAAGCUAGUGAAGGUGCUUUGGUCCAACCAUGGAGUCGAGGAGGCAACUUGGGAGAUGGAGGACGAUAUGAGGCGGCGCUACCCGGCUUUGUUUGCUCUAGCAAGGAUGUCGCCGAGACGGAAUGCGCCUGCGGGUAACGACAAUAACCUCUCUGCGAUAGAUCGAAAGGUUCAAGCAAUGGAGAGAAUGGAUGAGUUUAUGCUAGCUCAGCAAGGCCAAAACCAAAACCAGGGACAGCCGAGAGUGGAUUUCGCUAAGGCAAUCGCCAACCGACAACCACCAUACUACGCAGGUGAAAAGGAUCCAGUAAUUUUAGAGGAGUGGAUCCGAACGUUCGACAAGUUGCUCAACGCAGUGAAUUGUCCUGCGAAUCAACGAGUAUCCUCUGCAGUCUAUUACCUGACGAAAGCCGCAGACAAUUGGUGA